UUUUCCACCCCUGCCUUCUCUCUCCCUCUCACACUCAUUCUCUCUCUGUGGUAUUAUUCAGAGUCAGCCACUAGCGAGCUGUGAUUUGUUGUUUGUUGUGCAGCCAGCUACAUGGGGCAGCAGUAGCUGUCAGUGACUGAUCUCCUCUCCAUGGCCUGUCAUCCCUCCGGCUCUGGCUCCUACACCGUGGUGAUAUUCCCGCUCAGGACCAGCCUCCACAGCCUGGACGCACUUCGCUUCUACCUAUGGAUUAAGCGUCUGAAGGAUCUGGAGAGGGAGAAGGAUGCUCUAUGGUGUGGUAUGGAGAUUCUGGAGAACACUCGCCUCUGGUACCUCCAGCGGCUGGAGGAAAACCGCAUCCGACAGGACGACAUCGAGACCAAAAGUGGGCCUGGCUCCUGUCAGGGAGGCGCAGCUGAGGCUCGGCCCUGCCUCCUCAGGUCUCGUAUCCAGAGGGUAAACGGCUCUCUGGGCUCAGUGAUGACUGAGCCCAAUGUCAUGAGCAGCAGCAACCCCUCUCUGCCCGAAACAGUGGCAGACAGCGACCUCCGGUGGCACAACUCAGUACUGACUCAGGAGGUGAGUAACAAAAAUCGUCAGAUCUCCAUGUUAGAGCUGGAGAGACAUGCUCUCCUUGAGCAGCUUGAUGAACUGCAGGCCUACUGACCACCAGCUACACAAUCACAUAAAUACGCACGUCCUGCCCUACAAACUUACAUUUCGUUGUCACACAGUUGAUCACUUUCUAACUACUUGUAAAUAUGUAUUUAAGUGAAUAAAUUACAGU